AUGGCCAGUGAUGGCGGUGGCUCUCCGCACGACUUGGUGGUUACCACCUGGAUAAUGUACAGCGUUGCCAUGCUGCUGUUUUUUGUGCGAUUAUAUGGGCGCUGGCUUAGAAUGCGCUGGGUAUUUCAGCUCGAAGAUUAUCUGAUGGUGGUAUUCUAUACCGCAUUCGUGGUAACAAACAUCAAAAUCGCGGAAGGAGGCGGAAGCAAUCUUUACAAGCCUGGACAAUACGACUCGUUCACUGCCGGAGAGAUUGCCUCCAGGGUCAAAGGGUCCAAGAUAGAGUUUGCCUCAGAGAAUUGCCAGCUCUGCACGAUCUAUCUACUCAAGGCAUGUAUGCUGAUGGUCUACUUUCGACUCACAACAAAUCUCUGGCAGAAUCGAGUGGUGGCUAUAUGUGCUAUCUAUACGUUGUGUGGAUGGAUCAUUACGGAGCUGGUUCUCUUCCUCAACUGUCGGCCCUUAUCCGGUUACUGGACGCUCCCCCCUCCUCACGAAGAAUGCUCAACCUACUUUCGCUACGAGGUCGUGCAAUUCGUCUUUAACUUGAGCUCUGACGUUGCCAUCCUUUGCGUCAUGCUGCCAAUGUUUGCUCGUGCCCAAAUGGCAUGGAAAACCAAGCUACCGGUUAUUGUUGUUUUCUCAAUGGGCAUCGUGGUGAUUGCAUGUGCCAUUACCUCCAAGUUCUUUACUUUCAAGAAUAUCUACGAUGACAGCUACCAGUUCUGGUACCUAAGGGAGGCUUCAAUCGGCAUGUACGUCACAAAUUUACCAUUUGUGUGGUCCCUUGCGAGGUCGACACUCUCAUUCCUCAAGUCAAGCAACUAUGCCGGCCAGGGCAGAUACAACGACCCUAGAUACGAGACAGAUCCUCAUACAAAUACUACCCGGCUCAAAACCGGCAACGGCACGCGCUCCAGCCGACAUUUUGCCGGCGUCUACGAGCCCCGUACCGCGCGGACUGAUAUAAUAUCGCCCUCGGAAAGCGAGGAGAAUAUUAUUGAACUGGGCGGGAUGGACCGCAGCGUCGCGACAAAAUCGGCUGGAUCAUCUCAGGAGAGUAAGAACAGAGAAUGGUCUCAGUCGGAUGGGCAGGACGACCACUACAUUCGGAAGACUACGGAGAUAAUCAUCCAGAAAAAUUGA